AUGGGAAGCAGUGAGGGUGAUGAUAAAAAAGAUGAUGAAAACGAAGAUGAGGAAGAAACAGUACCGAAAAAGAACAAGUACGCCCAUCUGAAGCUGAACAAGGUCAAGUCCUCGGGGCCGAGGCAAAGGACAUUGGAAAACUCCACAACCACUACUGAAACUCCACUUUUACCACCCCCAUCAAACGUAAAGUUCUACAAUGUGAAAAAGACCGCCGAGGUGGAGCAUCACGUCGAAGAUGAGGAGGAGGAGGAGGAAACUAAAGAACCAAAAUACGAGUCGAUGCCCAUGAUUCCAACGACGAUCACCACCACAACUGAAAGUAUGCUCACUGUAGAGCCGACCAUUGCUACCGUUCCAAUUGAGUAUCGGGAGCCUUUCACCACCACCACAAUAUCUUCUUUAUCAACUACAACAAAGGCAAACAUCACCGCUGAGCUCUUGGAGAUUCUCGACAACCUCGAAAAGAAUCCUCAUCAGGAAACUCCUUCGUCUUCUUCUUCUUCCACAACAACGACAACAACGACAACAACUCCUUCAUCAAUUUCACCUUCAACAAAAUCGACAACAACAACUACCAUCUCACUACCUGAACCAGUUUUCAGGCAACAGGAAACAGAAAAAGCAGAAAACGGGGAAAACAAAACUUCAACAACUACGACCACAACCAAAAGCUCAACUGAACCCGUUUUCAUCUCAUCUUCCACAACAACAACCACCACAACCACUACAACAACGACAACUCCAAAACCCAAAUUAUCACUGGGAAACAUUCUACCGAUAAACAACAACAACAAUUCAACAAACAGCAGAAAAUCAGCUGAAUCAGGCCGAUCACUGGGCAACAGCGGCGACGGAAACGGAGGAAACAGCCAACGACCAAGCGAGCUUCAGCUUAACAUUCUGUAA